AGGCCUUCUGACAGAUCAUUGAUUGAUCAUUUUUUCCAUAGUUUAGUUUUUGUAGCGCUGAACAGACGGUCUAGUCGUAUAAGGGAGGAUAGGACAGAAAUCCCGAACCACAUGGAAAGGAGUUGUAGAGCACACCAGGGUAGAGCGCGCCCGCCCCACCAACACACAGCUGCAAACACACGGAGCAUCCAUCAGAGGUGCGCCGAGAGGUCAUGAGGAGGCCUCCACGCAACGCGUGGUCUUCCCUGUCUAUCUGGGCGGCGUUGUUGGUAGCGCUUGCGGUAGCGCUGCCGGCAGCACCAGUUGCCAUACCUGCUCGAACAUGGGCUUUGGCCGUUUCUCUCCGGCAGCCAUCCACAUAUGCUAUGAAUGCGGCCACUGAGGACAGCGAGCUUGGCAUGGAGGACAGCGGAUCUGCAAUCGACCCAAGCGUGCCGAGUGAUGAUGAGGAUGACUGUGAGUUUGAUAUGGGCGCAUCGUACAAACCAAUGUACGCUGCGAACUCGCUUCAAGCUGGUUACAAUACCCGGGGAGCAGCUCGGCAGCUACGACAACAACAACAGACGCCGGCAUCACCGGUCACGCCGCCGCUCCGGCCGACUUCGCUCGGGCCGCAACAGCGGCAGCGGCAACAGCAGGAGCAGCAGCAACCAUCUCCGCCGGAGCGUUUGGAUCUAGGAAGUGUACCGAACUCGUAUGACACCGGUCACAACACCCGCAGUUUAGGUGGGCAACAGCGGCAACAACAGGGGACCCCGGAGCUACCGGUCACGGAUCGGCUCCCAAUGACAUCGCGUGAGGCGCAACAGCAGCAGCAGCAAAAGAAGCAGCAACCAUCCCCACCGGAUUCUUCUCCGGCGAACCCGGCUGUAUGUGUCGCUACAUUAGCCGCGGCGCACGACGUGGCGACAAGUGCGGCAACAAGGUUGGAGAAGCGCCGAAAGACGGCGUCAGGUGCAGCUCUUGGAGUUGGGGGCAGCGUCGAAGCAGGCAACUAUGACUCGGAGUCGUAG